ACGCGGGCAUUUUAACAAACAGUUGGCUGACGGAUGAAGAAAGAGCUGACUAGUAAUCGCUCCGAUCCCUUCCUUGCGCUGUCGUAGCAGCUGGAAGGAGCAAGCGUUGCUUCGUAAAUAUAUCUGCAGAAGUUUUCCGGGAAGUCAAAAGGGCUCAGACGACGCGAAGACUGUGAAGAGACAUGAACGCUCUCACUUGGCACAAAGUCGCUGCCGUCUCUGGAGUAGCGGCUCUUGGAUUGGGGACGUAUGGUGCCCAUGUCUUCAGACCCCAAAAUCCCUCUUACAAGGAGGUAUGGCAAACGGCCUCUUUGUACCAUCUGGUUCACACAGCUGCACUUGUCACUGCCCCUUUCACCAAACAUCCCCAGCUCUUCGGAGGGCUCUUGACUGCUGGAAUUAUUUUGUUCUCCGGAUCGUGCUACACAGCUGCAUUGUAUGAGGACAGAAAAUACUCCAUGUUGGCACCCAUUGGAGGUUUCGCGUUCAUUGCCGCUUGGGCAAGCUUGCUAUUUUAAGGAUCUGAAGGAACCCAAGAUCUGUAGCUAAAAUGUAUGGUGAUCGAGAUCUCAAAAAAUCGGAUGUGCCCUGCUUCAGGUUUAAUUUAAUUGGAAAUCUGUGUUCACUCUGCUGCUGAAAUUUCGUUGGGUUUCUCUGUUAUUAUGUCUAAGCUGAGACAGUGGUUUAUGUCUGUUGUUUAAGAAACCCAAGAAAAUACCAUACUCCUUGAUAAGUUGGUCCGGUGCAAUUCAAAUGUUGUAAUACAUUAUCCAUGGUUUUAACUGGGUGUAUAUGACAGUGAAGGAUUCUCUAGUUCCUGUGACAAAAAUGCAACGCUAGUGAAGUUGUAC